GUGGGCUCAUGGCGCCCCUUUGCAACGGUCAAUAAAGCUGGCUCUUCCCCAGAAUUUCGGGUAGUCCCUCCAGCACUUUCUGUACACUCGUUUUUUGCACAGAUACUUCUUCAAUUGCAUAACACUCACUCGCUGUAAUUUACCAAUACACCUACUAAUAAACAAUACUCUCGUUUCUCGAACAUUUCAACUGCAUCACGCGACCAAACAUCCAAAAUGAAGUACACCGCUGUCCUCCUCGCCUUCGCUGCCGGCGCGCUCGCCCAGUCCUCCGUCAUCACUGACGCUCCUGCGACUACAUCUGCCCCCGCGGUUGCCCCCUCCAUUAGCUGUGUCUCGGCCUGCUCUGCUGGUGAUGUCACCUGCCAGGCCAGCUGCUUAGGCAUUGCCCGCCCCAACUCCUCCCAGGCCGUAGAGACCACGGAGUGCGCUGAGAAGUGCGACCAGGGUGAUGGUUCCGCCGAAGCCACCCAGAAGUACUCCGACUGUGUUCAGGGCUGCAUUGCCAAGCUGUUCCCCUCCUCCCAGACCGGUGCGGCCGUCCCCGGCGGCGCAGCCUCCGCCGCUGUCUCUGGUUCCAACGGUGCUUCCGGCACUGCUGCUGCGACUGGCGCAUCCGGCACUGGUUCUUCCGGUACCCAGACUGGCUCCAGUGCUGCGGCUACUGGUGCUGCCAACUUCGUCUCUGCUCACUUCGGUGGUGCUGGUCUCGCUGGUCUCCUCGCUGUCUUCGCCUUGUAG